ACAAACUGUCAUUGUCAAUAUGUCGGUCAAUGCACAAAUCCAUUUGAGUACCACUAAUGAAAAUAAUAAAAAGAACGACAAAUCAAUGAAACCCUUAUUUCCUAAAAGGGAAGAAUGUUCACAUGUGUCUUGUUAUUGCGAGGAAAACGUCUGGAAACUAUGUCAAGAUGCGUCUCUGAGGGUCCCGGAGGAAUUGGAUAGGUGCUAUGUGGUUUUCAUUUCCAACCCUUGCCGUACUGUGCCUCUGUGGAAACAAAGGGCUGGGCGCGAGGAAGACCGCCUUGUUAUAUGGGAUUACCAUGUAAUAUUUUUAUACUCAUGGGACUGCAAAACUUGCCUUGUGUAUGAUCUGGAUUCAGAGUUGCCUUUUCCGACUUUCUUCCAUAAGUAUGUCACAGAAACAUUUCGUACAGAUCAAGUUUUAAAAUCUGAUUUCCACAGAUUCUUUCGUGUAGUGCCUGCAAAGCAAUUUUUGCAGAAUUUUGCUUCUGAUCGUCGGCACAUGAAAAGACCAGAUGGAUCAUGGAUCAAACCACCUCCGCCAUACCCGGCCAUUUGUACAACAACUUCAACACACAAUCUAGAUGAAUACAUCAACAUGGAUAUUGGCACUGGUCCAGGACAAGUUUUCAACUUGACUGAUUUUGUUCAACGGUUCUACAAGAUUAACAAGUAGUUAAAAGAUGAUCUUAGAUAGUGAAAUGUUAUCAUUUUCAUGACCCUAUUUGGUUUAUGAUUUCGUUUGAUUAUGUUUUAAUAAUCUUUUGUUUUUUAUAUAAUAAUUUUAUUUAUGUGAUACAGGAACAGGACAGAACUCCUGUUCUAAAUAAGAUUGAUUAAUAACAAGUUACUGAAAUAGUACUAUUUAAAAACUUGUCAUGUAAAAGUGCAAAGAGUUGUUUUCUCAGUGAAUUCACAUACAAAAUUGUGAAUCACUAGGAGUUGUCUGAAAUGUUCUUAACGAUACUUGGAGCACAGUGAUUAUUCUAUCCUAUCCACAUAAACACAUUUUGAUUAUAAGAUUUUUGCACAAAAAUUAAUUCAAUCUUUCACAAAGUUAUUGAGCUAUUUCUUUGUAAGGAAGACCACACUUAAUUUCAAUGCAUAUUUUAAGGUGUGUAUCCUUGUAACGAAGUGCUCAAUAAUAUGUUUUCUCUUCUCGUUUUAGAUUUUAUUAUAUGACAUUGCUAACUUUAUAUCAUAAUAGUUAUUUCUAUUCCCUUCAAUUAGCUAAUGCCAUGAUUAGAUAGUGAAAAUUCAAAUCAUUAGACAGUCUAAAUGAGAGGCUAGUGCUUACACUUUACAUUUUAUGAUAAGUCAUGAGUAUUUUGAAUAUCCCUAAUUUGAAUUAUUAUCCUUGUUACAAAUAAAGUAAUAUGUAUGUUAUGUGGAUAAACAUGUAGUAAUUUGUAUGUAUAUUUAUAAAUUUUUGUUCACUAUUUAUAUGUUACCUUGAGUGAUAUAUUAACAUUUAAGUAACUUUAUUGUAUUGUAGUGUAUAAUGGUCGCGAGUAGCUUUUGUAUAUUGUUAAAUCUAUUUAAUAAUUUUGUAUCAACUUUUAUACACUCUUUUUAACCUUCCCUAGCACCAUUAACAAGUUAUACAACAUUAACCUAUCUAAAAGAUUAUAAAUAAGUAAUUUUGAAAAAUUCAAUGGCAUAACCCUUUAAAUUUUUAUUAUAGCGUACUAUCUUAACCCCUGUCCAUAACUUUUAAUUAUUUAAUAUCCUAUUUAAGAGUUUAUUAUUAUUAAGAAAAAAUUAAAAUAAGAACUAUUUUGGGCAAGUGCGCUUAUGGUUCUAUGAAGUGUAGUUUUAUGAAGGCCCCAAUAAUUAUAUCAUUGUUGUGUGAUGCAGUAUACUGGUAGUAUUUUGAACUUUAUGUAAAUGAUAUAAAGUUUAAAACAAAUCAAAAAUAUUUGCUCUAAACUGGUUAUGGAGUUAAAACAAUAUUCCCUUGCUCUACUCCUUUUUAAUUGUUGUUGUGAAAAGUUAUUUGCCAAUAUAUUGCUCAUAAUUACAUUAUAAAUUAUUAAAAUAAUGCCUAUAUUAAAAUUAGUUACCUUUUAGGUAUUUUAUAAAAAUAAAUAAGUUAAACUUUUUAUUCUACCUAUCUUACCGAUAAUACCCUACUUAACUAAAUCCAAUUACCUAAUAGAUAAGGAAUAAUAGCUUUUAAUAAUAUAGCACAAAUAAAUAAUAUUAUGAUGUAACAUUUUUCUAAGCCAUUUAAGAGCAUUUAAGUAAAUGUUAUAUUUUUUUACAAGAACAUGCAUUUAUUGUCUGUGUUCUCGAUUGUGUUCUACUUACUUAUAACAUGUCCCUGAUGGAAUUACUAGUCAAUAAAAUAUUUUAGGUUCAGUCUAAUAAAACAGAUCUCAACUUCUCAAGUCUCAACCUAUAAUAUUGCUUUGUUAUAAUUAAAUAUUUGUUGCUGUUGAAACUAUUUAAUAAGUAAUUUUAUUCGUUACAGAUCUAAGAUCUAGUCUUACAUAAUAUUUUAAGGUUGUUUAACACCCUUGUAGCACCUUGUUCAAGGCGUAGCUGGAAACUUAUGGGACCAAACUAUUGCGAAUGGAUGUGGUAGAACCCAUUUGAUUGUGUAGUGUACCUAUUGAUUGCCGGGGGUCGUCGAUGUCCCACUGGUUACGCCUUCGUCCUUUUAUGAUUACCCACAUGUGUAACAGAUUCUCUACGCCUUUAAAAUUAUCUAUUGACUGACAACUAUAAGUGAUAAAUAUUUGGGCUUGUGCUUUUAAUGUACCAAGUUACAUGUUUUUAUUUAAGGUUUAUCAAGCUAUAAAUAAAACACCACACGCUAA